CGCUCGGUGCGGGUUCUCAUACAACCGGGUCGGGUUCAACUUGCAGUUUGCGGCGCCUUUUCGUACCGCAUAUGCGCAUCCCUGUCUCUCUCCAACGCCAUCCCAAGCGCAACCUGGCUGUUCUCUUCGACGAGCUCUCUUUUCCCUUUUCUCUAAUCUUUUUUUUUUCAAAUCGAACCCUGAAAAUUUCUAUUUAUUAAUCGAAAAGAAACGAAGAGCUCCAGACCUACGCUAUUCAAAGAAUUUCCGCCAUGGAGGACGAGGUGGCGGAAGGGAGGGCUUCAAUCUUGUAUUGCUGAAUCCUAUCUCGACAAAAAUGAAGACACGAUCACUCGCAAAAUUCAGUUCCCUGUAAGAGUUGGAAGUAGUGGUGACUACGUCACCAGUGUCUUUUAUGUCGCGUCGAUGAAGACGAUGUGACAUCCACCACGUCCUCAUUAAUGAAGUGGAUCAUGCAAGCUAAUCACUUUUUGAUCAAGGUCACGAAUUCCAUCCACAUUAUUAUGAUAUUAUUCCGCUCCCCACAACCACCAAGUUAUCUUCAGAAAGUCUUUUGAAUGACAAAUGAUACUAUGUGUGACCUUAUAGAAGGCCUUCCAGAUGCAGUCGCUCUUCGCUGCCUCGCUCGUGUCCCCUUCUGCUACCACAACCAGCUCCAGCUUGUCUGCCGAUCUUGGAAAUUCGCCCUCCGCAGCCAUGAGCUCUUCAAAGUCCGCUGUGAAGUCAAUGUAACUGAAGAGCUCCUCUGUGUCCUAGCUUUUGACCCUGAAAACAUUUGGCAACUCUACGACCCUCUCAGAGACCGCUGGCUGACUCUCCCAGUCAUGCCAUCAGAGAUCCGACACCUAGCUCGAUUUGGCGUGGCCUCUGUUGGAGGAAAGCUCUUCGUCCUUGGCGGAGGAAGCGAUCGAGUCGACCCUCUCACUGGUGAUCAUGAUAGGAUAUUUGCGACAAGUGAGGUUUGGUCGUAUGAUCCCAUAUCUCGCGAGUGGGCCCGUAGGGCCAACAUGAUCUUGCCCCGUGCUAUGUUCGCAUGUUGUGCUUUAGACGAUAAAAUCAUAGUUGCUGGUGGAUUUACCAGUUUUCGUAGAUCGGUAUCAAGAGCUGAGAUCUACGAUCCGGAUACUGAUACGUGGGCCCCUCUGCCAGAUCUCUGUCAGACUCACACCUCAGCUUGCUCUGGUGUGGUGAUUCGUGGAAAGAUGCAUGUUAUUCACAAAGGGCUAUCGACGGUCCAAAUAUUACAGGAUGGGGCCCGUGGUUGGGUUGUAGAGGACUACGGAUGGCUCCAGGGCCCGAUGGCUGUAGUUGAUGGAGAUCCAUACGUGUUGAAUGGAGGGUUUAUACUGAAGCAGCAGCAGGAGAAUUUGAUGAUGGAUAAGGUGUUGUUGCCUACGUCGGAGUUUAAAAGAAGAAUUGCGUUUGGGAUGAUUGGUCUGAGGGAUGAGAUUUAUGUUAUCGGAGGCGUUCUCGGGCCUGGGCCCACAAACCAGUCGAUCAAGCAGCUGUGUGAUGUCGAUGUGCUCAGGGUUGGGUCUAGGCCGGGGUGGAGACUGGCUGCGCCGAUGACCAAGUGUCGGGGAAGUAUUCUGGGGUGUGCAUUGUUGAAGAUUUAGGGAAUGUGGGAUGUUAUAUGUGGUGGAAUUGUUUGUUGUUAUUGUUAAUGUAUGGUUCUUAGGUUACUUCAUUUGUUGAACCGUGUAAAGGAGUUAGAUAAGAGCUUUUUUGGUCUCAAAGGGAUUGAAAGUGUUGUUGGUGAUUGAGAACCAGGACGACACUCAUAUGAUAGCCUUAAAACUGAGAAACAUAUAUGUGCAAUGAUUACUGCAGGAUGUCUCUUAAGGUUACAGUUUUCCAAAAAAAUGUUGCAAAUAGUUUACCACUAACCUCAUAUUA